GUUAAAUAUUUUCUUGUUGUGAAAAGCGAAAACUGAAAUCAAAUCGUGUUUCAGAACCUAUUUAUCUAUAAGAAUUAGUCAUAGAUUUGUUAAAUAAAUAGUUAAUGCUCAUUGGUAUUGAAAGAAUUUGAAAAAUGGGUUUUCUAACUAUUUUGAAGAAACUCCGGCAAAAAGAAAAGGAAAUGAGAAUAUUAAUGUUGGGGCUGGACAACGCCGGCAAAACUACAAUAUUGAAACGAUUUAACGGCGAGCCCAUCGACACAAUAUCUCCAACUCUAGGAUUUAAUAUUAAGACGUUGGAACACAAGGGAUAUAAAUUAAAUAUUUGGGAUGUUGGAGGACAAAAAUCUCUCAGGUCGUAUUGGAAAAAUUAUUUUGAGAGCACUGAUGGUGUAGCAUGGGUAGUGGACAGCGCUGAUGCUCGGAGGCUGGCGGACUGUGCCAAGGAGUUGCACUCACUGUUGAGAGAGGAAAGGCUGGCUGGUGCUACUCUACUUGUGUUGGCAAAUAAGUCAGACCUGCCUGGUGCACUCUCCUUGCAAGAAAUAAGAGAGGCACUCGACCUGGACAGCAUCAAGAGCCACCACUGGCGCAUCGUGCGCUGCUCCGCAGUGACCGGCGAGAACCUGCUCGACGGUAUGGACUGGAUGCUUGACGAUAUAGCCUCUAGGAUAUUUACCUUGGACUAAUUUUUUUGUAGCAGCGGUGUGUUGAUUUUUUGCAGUAGGUUUGGUAUUAUUAUGGUUGAAAUGGUCCAUUUUGAUGUAUGUUCUGUUACUGUUCAUCCCUGCUUCGCCCGCAGUACAUAUAAUAAUAGCCUAUGUCACUCGGUGAAUUGCAGUUUUCAUCUAUUUCGAAAUUUCGGCCAUACCAGUAAAAACGAGAGUAAAAGUUUAAAAUCAAAUAUUUAUAAUAUCAAGCCUGCUAUAAAUAUUCUAUGAGAAUUGAUGAUACCUGAUUGCAUAUUAUUGAUUUUCACAAUACACUGAAUUCUCAUAUUAUUUAUAAGCGCUUAAAUUUGUGAAAGUAAAUAUAAUACUAAAUAAAAAUUAUUCUGCGUACCUAUUCUAUAUGAUUAUUUUCUUAAUAAUUUGCACCAUUGGGAUUUUUAUCGAAACCAUAACAACCAAUCUCAAAAAUUUAUAACAGCAAAUUAAUUAAUAAUAACCAUGGCUAAUAAUUAAACUAGCACAAAUUCUAUGUUAUUAGCGAGUGUUACACAUGAAGUAAAAAUAUCUGUGAUCGCUUUUUUAAAUAAAACAUUAAAACAAA